UCAGUACGUGCGGGCUUUAAGGUUGGGACUGGAGACUAGAAGGUGGGCGCUUCCUGCGCCUGUUGCCUGCUGAGCUUCUCCUGCGGGGACGUCCGGUGCAGACCUCAUGGCGGAGAUAAUCCAGGAACGCAUAGAAGAUCGAAUCCCGGAAUUGGAACAGCUGGAGCGCGUUGGACUAUUCAGUCGUGCGGAGAUUAAGGCUAUCAUUAAGAAGGCUUCUGAUCUAGAAUACAAAAUACAGCGAAGAGCCCUUUUUAAGGAAGACUUUAUCAAUUAUAUUCAAUAUGAAAUUAAUCUUUUGGAAUUGAUCCAGAGAAGAAGAACACGCAUUAAAUAUUCAUUUAAGAAGGAUGAGAUUGAGCAUUCUAUUGUUCACCGGAUACAAGGUGUCUUCCGACGUGCUUCAGCAAAGUGGAAAGAUGAUGUUCAACUUUGGCUGUCCUAUGUUGUGUUUUGUAAGAAAUGGGCUACCAAAGCUCAACUUAGCAAGGUAUUCUCUGCCAUGUUGGCUAUUCAUUCAAAUAAGCCAGCUUUGUGGAUUAUGGCGGCCAAAUGGGAAAUGGAAGAUCGCUUAUCUUCUGAAAGUGCCAGGCAACUGUUUCUUCGGGCUCUGCGCUUUCAUCCAGAGUGUCCAAAACUCUAUCAAGAAUACUUCAGGAUGGAGCUGAUGCAUGCUGAGAAACUGAGGAAGGAAAAACAAGAAUUUGAAAAGGCUGACAUGGAUAUGGGGAGUUUUGAUCAUUCUGAAGAAAUCCUUAAUGGCGAGUUGGCUCGGAUCAUCUACAAAAAUUCUAUAAGCAAGAUUAAAGGUGCAGAAUUUCAUGUGUCACUUCUCUCAAUUGCACAGCUGUUUGAUUUUGCCAAAGAUCUACAAAAAGAAAUUUAUGAUGACCUUCAGGCUAUGCACACAGAUGACCCUCUCACUUGGGAUUAUGUGGCACGCCGAGAAUUAGAGAUCCAGUCACAACCAGGAGAUGAGCAGCCUCUGACAAAACAAGUCAGAGCAGCGGAGGUGGGCCGGAGGGAGGAGAGGUGCUGUGCUGUAUAUGAAGAGGCAGUGAAGACUCUGCCUACAGAGGGCAUGUGGAAAUGUUACAUCAAUUUUUGCUUGGAAAGAUUUUCUAAGAAGACGAGUAGUGAGUUCCUCAGAGGGAAGAGACUGGAAAGAACCAUGAUUUCAUUCAGGAAGGCACACGAACUCAAGCUCCUUUCAGAAUCCCAGUACAAGCAGUGGAUUGAGUUGUUGCUGCCCCGUGACUUCUUUACGGAAGCUCUGGAGGUGGCAGAAGCUGGGAUUGAAUUGUUCAAGGACUCUGUGACAAUGUGGCAGAUGAAGCUGCAGGUGCUGAUUGCCUCAAAGAGUCCUGACAUAGCCAUGUUUGUUGAAGAAGCCUUUGUGCACCUCAAACCCCAGGUUUGUUUGCCCUUAUGGAUUUCAUGGGCAGAGUGGAGUGAAGGUGCCCAAAGCCAUGAAGACACAGAAGCAAUCUAUAAGAAAGCUAUUUUAGCUAUCACAGGUACCAGCUCAGUAACUCUGAAGGAUAAAUACUUGGAUUGGGCAUAUCGAAUUGGUGGCAACAAAAAGGCCAGAACUGUGUUUAAAAGUUUACAGGAAAACCGGCCAUUUUCAGUAGAUUUUUUCAGGAAAAUGAUCCAGUUUGAAAAGGAGCAAGAAUCCUGCAAGAUGGCAAACUUAAGAGAAUAUUAUGAGAGAGCUUUGAGAGAGUUUGGAUCUGUAGAUUCUGAUCUUUGGAUGGACUACAUCAAAGAAGAAUUGAAUCACCCACUUGGUAGACCUGAGAAUUGUGGGCAGAUCUAUUGGCGAGCCAUGAAGAUGUUGCAGGGAGAGUCAGCAGAAUUGUUUGUAGCCAAACAUGCUAUGCAUCAGGCUGGACAUUAGUGAAGAGAAGAAUACAACGAACUUUGUAAAAUCCUCUUGCAAGCCUCCUGGACACUUUUGUAUUAUGAAUCAGUCUGUAAAUUGAGGUGACAGAUAAAAUGGCUGAUUGAUUUUGA